ACAGUUGUCAUGUUUGUCUGCCUGAAAUGUCAGUCUGGAAAUUCGCCACUAGUAGCUCUGAAUAUGUCUUCAAGUGAAAGGGGACACGUCGGAUUGACAUUGAUUCUUUGCACUGACUGUCACUUUUUUUUCUGUAGAAAGACAGAAAGAGAGACGGUGGUGAUUUCGGUGUGAGUGGUGAAGCGCUGAGCAUCGAUUUUCGACAUAAAUAUUCAACGGCAGGCAGUGUGACGUCACAGUCAUGUAAGCCAAUGAUGGGUAUAUGGGCUGAUUGGGUGUAUGGGGCAGUCGGGCAAAGAGAAGACAGUUGAUGGCUUUAAGCCUGAUGCUGAGGGCGGUACGGUGUGUGUGUGUGCCGAGAUAACGGUCAGUGCUGCGACAGUGCGGCAUGUGAAAGCGCUUCAUUUGCUCAUCGUGUGCGGAGGAAAGUAGGCAGCUCAGAGGCACGAUUGCCGAUGUGAUGUGAGUAUUCAUCACCACGUGUACAAAAUGCACCGAAUAAUACACACAUUAUGCUGACAUAUUUCACGUGCUGUAACCCCGGAUAGGCCUAUUGAUGAGUAUUGAAAUCUAGGAGUAGGCAAUACCGUGCCGGUGGGAACAAGAAAUAUGAAAUCAGUGGAGCAAGUCAGCGUGUAUCAACCCAUGUAUGCAAUCAUGGGUCAACAGUCUCUAUACAAAAAGGUCGCUGAACGACGGUCGCUCAUCAAACUAUAAAUUAGGUUCGUUAGACCGAACAGUUGGAUGUAAUUGAAAAAAUCUGAAGUAUACGGGUGGAGUUACAUAGGCGGAUGACGAGGCACUCGAAAUCACUACGCUUAACAGUUGGUCUGUGCACGUGUGCGUGUUGCAUUAUGUGUGUUGUUUAGCGUGAGCGGUAUAUACAAGACGGAAAAUACAGCAUAGAAACUCGAUACAGCAUAGAAACUCGUCUACGGUAGAUAGCAAGGUACGGUUUGGUUAUACCUCACAACAAUAAACAAACGCACUUGCAGUUCAAAAGGACGACUUUCGGGUGAGCGCAGUGCCACACGACCUUGACUCGAAACGAUAGUUACACGUCGACAAGGUUCCACGUUGCUUCGAUAAUGAUAUGCAACGAUGAGUAAUUAAAAUAGGCCUAAGAAUCUAAGCAGUCGCGCGGUGCUAUGCAGUGCACUCGCACUAUCACCAUUCCUACCUCCACACAGGGAUGCGACGUUAGUUUUUGCUGAGUCGUGUAAUAAAAAUGUACUGGGUUUACUGUGCAUGAACAGGAAAUGAUCAUCACGUACGCGCUUUUGGUUACUGUACGCAACAUUUAUGUUUUUCAUGCACAUCUAUGGGCGGAGUAUACUAACAAUGUUGAAGACCACAGAUAACAGACUAAAUAAUGCAACUGAUUUUGCCCUUUUUUGGAUGAGAUGAGAACGUGUAUACUGAGCAAGCAGGUAUCUGCCCUGUGCGCUGUGUUAUCUCAACCCUGCCAACUCGGGUUGCAUCUACCGUGGUGUCCGUAGUGUGUCAUGGUUGGUAGCAUAGGAGUAGCGUCCAUUGCCACCCACUCACGCCGGGAGUUUGCCACCUGCACCAGGUAUGCUGGUAUCAUCCACCCUGCUGCCUCUGACGAUGAUCCUCGGUCUGCCCCUUAUGUCAGCUCGCAGCGACCAGCAACAGCAGCAGCAGGAGCAGCAGCAAGGGUCGCCCUUUGAUGAGGCCAGUCUCAGCAAAUGUACGGGAGAUAAGUUCUGGGUGAACGUUACGCGGCGAGACGAUGGUGACGCUUUGACCAGUGCCUGCCCGCGGUGUGGUGAUCUGUGCCGGCAGGCUCGGGCGGUCAGGCUCCGGUGUGAUCUAAGGGAAUAUCCAUGUACUUGUCGCUGCCCGGAGAACCAGACGUUCAGGACUGACAUCAAUUUGUGUGUGGAUUCAUUUUCAGACUGCAGAUCUUCUUCCCGUAUCCAAUUGGUGGACUAUUUGUGGACUCACUUUCCCACAUCCCCUCAGCCCAGGGCCAGCAAUGAUACCAACGGGUCCGCCCCCUCAGCCUGCCGAGUCAGCAGAACACAGGUCUUGAGGUGCGGUGGCUGGGUUGGCCUGGAUUCGCUAAAUAUCACGGAAGACGCGGGACUCUGGAAAGUUGCCCUGGAUACGGACGGCGCUGGACGCUAUAGUCUCUGGUGGACGGGCAACUUAGACGCAUUCCAGUCGCUGAGCGGCUACAUCUUAAACCUAGAGAUCUCAUGUCACCGUGAAAACACAGAAACUACCUCGUGCGCCGUGGUCAAAAUGGCUGGCACCAGAGGCUAUGCAGUAUCUGUUGGGGGACCUUCCAGUCCUGCCUCGGUUGUUGUACAUGGCAUGACGGUGGGAGGAGAGCCGACAACAGAGGGCGCUGUACCCAGAUGGCUAGUCACCAGCAAUAGCACCGCUCCAACCAAUUAUACGAAAGAAAUGACAGACGAGGAAUACAAGCAGCUCGAGAUGUUAGUGACUGCCGUGUGUCUCAGUGUCGCCUUACUGCUGUGUGUCUGGCUGACUUGCUUCGCUUUGGAAAAACGGGUACAAAGCAAAAAACGUGGAAGUGAAAAGCAGUUCGCUUCUCAAACGAGAACAUACACACACGAGGUAUCUCACUGCCGAAAAACUUUAAUGGAUGUUUAUGACAUGCCGAUGAUUCGCUUCAACGCCAGCAUGUCAGGAGGCGGGGAGGAGGACGAGACGGCAAGCCUCCCCGUCGUACCGCUCAAAAAGAAAGAGAAAGAUUCAGCGUCAGCCGAGAAGAAGAGAGACCGUGAGGCGAAUGGGGAGGAGUCUACGUCACCGUCCUCGUCGGAGCAGCGAAUGGAGACGGGGUCAUCUUCGAAUUCAUCCGAGACAUUAGCUGGCGAGACGGCGGCCAAUCAGGCCUGCUACCUUGGUGUGCCUGGAAAGAAUGCAAAUGAUCCAGAAUUCAAGAACUGGCGGCCCUGCGCCAAGCAACCGCCAAACGGCGCAUCCUCCAAGUCCUUGUCUUCUCUUUCUCCGACCAAGAGGAAGAACCCUCCGGGAAUCUUGAAGAAAUCUCCUAACACCAGCCCGACGCGAUCACCGACCAGAUCCCCUCCGAUGACACGGCGAUCGCCUACUAAGAAGGGCAUCCUGAUCAAGCGAUCGCCGAUCCUGCAUAAGAAAUGGAAGAAUGUGGUCACCCGCCAUUUCCCGCACCCUCAGAACGCCAGUCACAAUGCCAAUCAGACUCACAAUGCUGAGGGCAUUGAGAUGAAGGUCGUGAACGGGUUGUCAUCGGCUCCUGAACCCCAUUCGGUGCCAAAGAGAUCGAUUCUCAAACACAGCUCCCGCUGGAAGGCGCUCGCCCCCAAACUGGCGCCUAUGGUUCGGGCUGAAGAAACGGAAGAUAACGUCACGAGGCGAGACACUGAGGAAGCUAAACACCAUGUGGUCAUCAAAUGCGAGAUCCACCACGAGGACGAGAGGCGGGAAACAGACGUUGACUCAGACGAGAAAGCCUACACGGAGAAAUCGCCGCUCACUAAGAGCAUCAAAAUGGUGCUGGACUCCAGACUAGACGGCACGCCAAAUAAGAAAAACUGCAUAGAGUGGCGGUGCGAAGACUACGAUGGUGUGCCGUGUACGGACGUUUGACGAAGUGUUGCAUUGUGGGAUGCUGGUGCACCGUGCUAAUCUAGUAUCAACUCAUUGAAUAUGCAACUUGGCUGGAUUGGAGCAAUCUUUCAAAUAUAGUCUACUUUUGGUAUACGUACUAUUAAUAUGAAUAUAUAGCGAACACUUCAGUGUAUACAAAUUCUUCUUCUUCAAGAUGUACCAAAUUGGCGAGUGACGAUAAACAUAUCUUGAACGUUUGACCCUACACGUUUAGACGGACAAGACUUUUGAAUCAGUCAAAUAAAAUCCAAAGUGGACUUUUUUUACUGUCUUCGAAUGAACUAAAACCACUGUCACAGCUCAUAUAGAGAGGAAAAUCUCCUACCAGACGGAUAAGGUUGGAAGCAAAAGUUAAGUCUCGUACACAUCCACUUCUAUAAGUAUGAAAUAUAUAGUUUAGCCUUCCGGUCAUGUGCACAAAUAUCCAACUAAUUUAGAUAAAGAUCAGUGCCUAACUGUAACAUUUUUUCUUGAUUUUCUUUUAAGAUAAUCUUAGACAAUUAUUUGUCAGUGAAACAAUGCACACUUAACUUUGCAAAUAUCUACAGACUUUGUGCACACCACGGAUAACACUUCGUGAAUAGUAAAACAGUUGUUUCUUGGUGUGUUGGAUUCUUUUCCAACGGUGAAAUCAUUUCGAUUUACUUUGCUUAUUACGACGAUGACUUGGACAUGGACGGACAACUGAGCUGACAAGGAUUAACAUUUCCUUUUUUCUACCAAAAGUUAGCUCUAUCUUCAUUAUUUGUUUCUAUUAACACCAACUCAUCAUCGCUUAUUAGUAUCUCCUAACACCACGUGACCUCCAUGAAGCACCAUCCCGAUCCUUUUUUUUCACUGUCCCCUUCAUAUAUCCUCAUCCACCAAUCCUCCCUUCACAUCACAGAUCUCGUAAUCUCAUGCUGUAAUGCCAUUAACAUUGGAAUCAUCUUAAAUGCACAUAAUUAUCCCGUUCAAAUUGCACAAAGCUUCCUUGUGGCCAGUGUGUUUUGUCACUUCGCAUGAAAAGAGCACUCCCCAAAGUCUCAACCGUGCCGUCGAAACACCUAGGUUUUUUUCACUCACCUCUUAUAGAAUAAGUUCUAACUGACAAAAGUUCGGAACUCGAACCAGUACGGACAAACGACAUCGACAUGACAGUGACGGACGUGUAUUAACAUUUUACGAGAGCGUUUCAGUAUUAUGCACUUUGAUAAUAGCAAGCACAAUAUGAUGAUUAAUUCAUUGUUGAGAUAUAAAAAAUACACCGAAGCAUUAAAAGGAAAAAUCGCAAAGCUACCCACUGUAAGAUGGCAAAGAGUAAAACCUUAUACUCGUGUAAAAGAAUAUUUAUAAUGCAUAUAUUUUGAAUGUGUACGAGUUGCAUCAUAUCAAUAAUCACAUGAACUAAAUUGUAGCGUAUUUGGGAAUUGGAAAUACCGUUCGUUAAGCCAUGAGUUUUUUUAUAUUGCAAUAAUGAAUUGCUUCAACAAAAAACUCCUUUAUCAAGUCUAUCUUAAUUUAUAUCUUCAAUUAUUAACUUUUCACGGCUAGAUAACAAUUAUUCCUAAAACAAUGCGACAUGAUGAACGUGCUACCACUUAAUUUAAAAUGCAAUGCAGCCUGUCCAUUGUAUCAUUAAAUAUUAAAGAAAGACAUUCCCGUCACAUUUA